AUGAAGAUAACGCAAGUAUGUUCACUGCAGGAGGACAAGAAGCUUGAUCCUGCGGCUGACUUAUACACGUAUCCGAUCAAAUCUUUGCGUAGCGUACCGCUGCAAACGACGGCAGUCACAACCGAUGGCUUCCCCUAUGAUAGGAGAUUCAUGGUCGUCAGAGUGCACAAAGACGACUCGACUAAGGCCCGAAGCAAGAAGCACUUCGAUCCGAAGACAAGGCUCGAAAACAUGACCAUCACUUACUGGCCGGAAUUGAGCCUCUUCCUGCAGACCCUGAACGAGUCGAAGGGGACUAUCGUAGUCGAACACUGCCCACCAGAUCGAUCAAAGACACGCAUUGAGGUCCCUUCGAAGCCUGACGUGAAGAAACUCGGCUUUGUAGACAUCAAUCUCCACGAAAGUCCAACCAAAGCAUACAAAAUGGAUGACCAUGUCAAUGCCUGGUUCUCCAAAUGCCUUGGUUUCAGUGCCAUGCUGAUCUAUCUUGGACCCCAUCGUAGGAAGCUGUGUGGCAACUUGUCGCCAGAUCCUGUCUCCAAAUCUUCUUCAUGGGUGCCUGGUGUGGUCUCUGGAUCGUCCACAGCGGAGACCAAGAUCACUUUUGCAGACCUUGCUGCAUAUCUUGUGGUAACAGAGGAGUCCUUAGCUGAUGUGUCUGAAAGACUAACAGGCAAUAUGAAAGCGGAUGUCACCAAAUUUAGACCGAACAUCGUAGUUUCUGGAGCUGCAAAGCCGUGGGACGAAGAUUACUGGGCUGGUCUGACUAUCACCAAGCGCAAUGGAUCAAGCAAUGAUAGUACUGAGAUGGUAUUGACGGCAAAUUGCGGUAGAUGCGCAAGUCUCAAUGUUGACUACAAGACGGGAAAAUUCGGCAAAGGUGAAGAAGGAACAGUAUUGAAGAAGAUGAUGAAAGACCGACGAGUGGAUCCUGGUAACAAGUACAGUCCAAUUUGCGGACGAUAUGGGUUCCUCAAGCCAGGCACUGUUUCGGCCGGCAGAAGGAUUGCUGUUGGAGAUGAGGUCACCUUGUCGAAACGAAACGCCCAAAGGACAGUGUUUGGUAAGUGGCGCAAUCAGCUCUAG